AUGUGGGUGGUGGACAUGCAGAAGGCGCUCGACGUCGCGGAUCUGCCGGCGACGGUGGACAAAUGGCCGCGGCACUCCAUCUUCCGCGUGCCGCCGCGCUUCCGGUCCGUCCACGGCGGCGCCGUCUACAAGCCGCAGACGGUGGCGCUGGGCCCCUUCCACCACGGCGACCCGGACCUCGCCCCCAUGGAGCCGCACAAGCGCAGGGCCGUCGCGCACCUGCUCCGGCGCGCCGGCAGGGCGCUGGGUGAGCUUGCCGCGGCCGGGGACCUGGAGGACGCGUACGAGGGGCUCGGCGCCGAGUGGCGCGGCGAGGACAGCCGGGGCGCGUUCCUGGAGAUGAUGGUCGCCGACGGCUGCUUCCUGCUGGAGGUGAUCCGGCAGCACUCCGACGACUACGCGCCGUGCGACCCCGUCUUCAGCCGGCACGCCGCCGGGCACAUCGCGCCAUUCGUGCAGCGCGACAUGCUUAUGGUCGAGAACCAGCUGCCGCUGCUCCUGCUGCACACGAUCGCCGCCGUCGAGGGUGGAGGAGCUCCGGUGAGUGCUCGCCGCGCACAAGCAUCGUCGUCGUCGUCUAUCGAUAGCGGCGAGUCUUCCAUCAACCGGGAGGUCCUCAAGUUCCUGGGCGUGGACUAUGCCGCCGGGUUGGGUCCGAGGCUGAUCGGACUCCACCCUCUCGACCUCUACCGCCGGAGUCUCCUCAGCAACCUCCAUCGUGAUAAGAGGAAAGCGCCGUACCCCAUCAGCAGCGUCGUCGGGGGUGCCCAGAGCCUCCUCGCCUUGCCGCGCUCGGCGCAUAUGUGUCACCGAUACGCGAUACGGCGAUACCGGUACGAGUACGAGGGUGUCUGUCUACUUCUCUACGGGGCCAGCAGCUUCGUGUCCCUGAUGACUAAGUUACCUCCGCUGGUACCUUUAUCCCUUGGAGGUCUUAUCCAUUCGCAGGGGAGGAACGGCCGCCGCCACCCUUCACUUGGGCCUACGCGUGCGCGUCCGCCACGGCCAUCACGCCGACUUCGCGCCCCUGGCAAGAGAGCUGCUGUGCAAGAGAGACAUAUCGCGGCGUAUCGGCACGUAUCCCUAUAUCCCGCCGUAUCGCAUACGGGGUACGGCGACCUGUUUGCCGUAUCGGUGAUACGGCCCAGCUCCGGCUUCCUCGACGACGUCGAGUUCGACAGCGGCAAGCGCAGGUUGUGGAUGCCCGGGGUGGCGGUGGACGAGUCCACCAAGUACAAGCUCCACAACAUCAUGGCGUUCGAGGCGCUGCACGGCGGCGCGGCGAGCGACGACGUGACGGCGUUCGUGCUCUUCAUGAGGGACAUGGUCGACUCCCCGGGCGACGUGGCGCUGCUGGCCAGGGAAGGGAUCCUCUGGCACGACCUCGCCGGCGGCGACGCGGCGGCGGCGAGCCUGUUCCACGGCCUGACCAGGGACGUGCCCAAGACCGGGGAGAGCAGGCUGUUUGCCGUCCGCGACGCGAUGGAGCUCUACUGCAACGACAGCUGGCGCGUCUUAGUCUCGGAGUCGUGGAUGAAGUUCAGGAACACCUACUUGACCGUCGCGCUCACCGUCGCCAUCAUCCUCUUCGUCACCGAUAUCAUGCAGACCGCAUACGCUGUCAUGAGUUACGAGCUUACAAAGCAUCGCCAUGGCUAG